GCCGCUGCAGUCCCCGGAGGGAGCGCGGCUGGGAGCGGCCGCAGGGAGUGAGCGGGAGCGGGAAGCCGGGUCCCUGGCAGUGCCGCCCCCCCCCCCCCCCCCAGCCCGGGCCGCUCACCCGCAGCGGGACAACUCUGAAACUGAAAGGAAACUGAUGCAGAGACGGAGCCGCAAACAAAGUCAGCAAUUGCAGUUCCCAUCAGCCGGGAUCGAGGGCGGGCUCUGAGUGGAUCCCUGACUGUGUGGCCGCAGAGUUGGGAUCUGGUGGGAUCAUGUCGAGUGGUGAGAUCGUCCAGGUCCCCGAUGAUUCCCAUUUCAGCUCGUUCCGGGAGCAGUGCGAGCACCAGGAGGGCUGGCUGGUCCAGUACAACAAGGGAGGUACCACCGUGUGGAACCGGCAGCCCGAGGAGAACAGGUCUAUCCAGAAACUGAAGAUGAGGAUUAACUGCAAAGAUGUUUCAGCUGCCACCCUCUAUGAUGUGCUCCAUGACACACAUUACAGGAAGAAAUGGGACACCAAUAUGAUUGAGACCUAUGACAUCGGUCGGCUGACAGUCAAUGCAGAUGUGGGCUAUUACUCCUGGAAAUGUCCAAGUCCACUGAAGAACAGAGACUUUGUUACUCUGCGUUCUUGGCUGCCUCUUGGCAAUGACUACAUGAUAAUCAACUACUCUGUGAAGCACCCAAAAUAUCCCCCAAAGAAGGAUAUUGUGCGAGCUGUCUCACUUCAGACUGGCUACUUCAUCAAAUCAAAUGGAGCUAACAGUUGUACCUUGUACUAUCUAACCCAAGUGGACCCAAGAGGUUCAUUACCAAAAUGGGUUGUGAAUAGAGUUUCCCAGUUUGUAGCUCCCAAGGCUAUGAAGCGGAUUUACAAAGCCUGUUUGAAAUAUCCUGAGUGGAAGCAGAGACACAACCCUAACUUCAAGCCCUGGGUGUAUCCUGAGCAGAACACGCUGCCAAGUCUCAGCCUUUCGGAACUCUCACUGCAGCACGCCUCAUCACUAGAGAACAUUGACGAAAGCAGCUUGUCGGAGGAGAAGGUUCACAUCAGUGAUGAGGAGGAUAGCUAUACAAAGGACUCAUAACACACAGGGACAGGAGAUUUUUAAAAAAUGCAAGUGGUAGAAUCAUUUAUGUGGAAUUAAAGACUCAGUAUCCCUUUUACAUUAAGUCGCACAUCUAACCAAGUGUCAGAGUAGUCUCUCUCUGCAGCAAUGAAACCAUAUAGUACAAGACUUUAAAAUUAUUAACAGUUCGGUGUGUCUUUAUUGACAAACACUGCAGUUAGAUCCAGGAUUAAGCUACUUUGAGUAGACACUAAAGGUUUGGCUGCAUUUUCCAUCCUGGUCCCUCAAAAGAUAAUAACCAUCCUCUAUCGUAUAGCUCUGCGAUGUGGGUUACUGGGUGUGGAUGGAUUGGCUGGCGAUUUUGCUACAUCAUUGUGUUUCUUAUUUUCAUUCAUCACAAAAGAAGCAAGCUGUUCCCAUUCCCACUGAGCUUUGUAAUGUUUGGAUGCUGCUUUUAUUGGAGAACACCAGCAAACAAUGAAGCUAAUGUCAAAAGGGAUACUGCCUCUUUUAAAAUCCUGAUAGCCUCCAUCAUUCACUCAGACUCCUUCAAAGGCACCAGUUGGCAGAUUCACCCCUCACCAAUGGCAUUUUAAGAUGUACAAAGAUUAAUGUUUCGUCUGAUUCAAUGACAUGAACUACAUGAGCAACUUUCACCCUCAUUCGUAUUGUUAUUAUUAACUGCUUCCAAUUGCCAGUUUAUAAAAUGAUAACUUAGUGGGCUGAAUUACCUGUUCCAUGUUGUAUGAUUCUAAGCCUCAAACAAGACCCACUCUUUGUUUUCUCUCAGCUAUGAAGCGGAUUUACAAAGCCUGUUUGAAAUAUCCUGAGUGGAAGCAGAGACACAACCCUAACUUCAAGCCCUGGGUGUAUCCUGAGCAGAACACGCUGCUAAGUCUCAGCCUUUCGGAACUCUCACUGCAGCACGCCUCAUCACUAGAGAACAUUGGGUGGCACGGUGGCUCAGUGGUCAGCACUGCUGCUUCACAGCACCAGGGACCUGUGUUCAAUUUUACCCUCAGGCAGCUGUCUGUGUGGAGUUUGCACAUUCUCCCUGUGUCUGUGUGGGGUUCCUCUGGGUGCUCAGGUGUCUUCCCACAGUUCAAAGAUGUGCAAGUUAGGUGAAUUAGCCACUCUAAAUUGUCCACAGUGUUCAGGGAUAUAUAGGUUAGAUAUAUUAGUCACGGGAAAUGUAAGAUAAUGGAUCUGGGUGGGAUACUGUUCAAAGGGGUGGUGCGUACUUGUUGGGCUGAAGGGCCUGUUUCCAAACUGUAGGAAUUCUAACUUAUGUUUAGGCAAGGUUUCUAAAUUUCAGGUGAAACUGUUGGAUAUUGGUGAGAUGAGACUAAACAUCCUUGUGUUGUGACACAGGCCACAAUAUUGAGAUCCUAGGCUAGUAUUACAUAGUCCUUAUUAAAAAAACUUCUUUAAUCAGACCAGCAGACAGUGCUUCUCAACCAAUAGGAUACGGUUAUAUAUUUCAAAGGUAGGAGUAUAGCAGAUAAGGCAGAUGAGCUUCGAGCCUGGACUAGUAGAUGGAACUAUAAUAUUGUAGCCAUUACAGAAACUCAAUUGGAGAAGGGCAAGAUAGGCAGCUCAGUAUUCCCAGGUUUAGAUGUUUCAGGAGUGAUAGAGGGGGAUGUAAAUGGGCUGGAGGAGUUGUAUUCCUGAUCAGGUGAGAUGUCACAGCUGCACUAAGAGAGGACAUCUUGGAGAGUUCAUCCAGAGAGGCCUUUCAGGUAAAACUUGGAAUAAGAAAGAUGCGAUCACUAUGAUACGGUUACACAAUAAACCUCCCAAUAGCUAGCAGCGGACAGAGAAACAGAUAUGUAAGCAGAUGAUGGAAAGAUGUAAAAUAACAGGGUUGCUGUUGUGGGUGAUUUUAACCUCCCCAAUAUUGACGAAGAUUCCCUUACUGCAAGGGGCUUAGAUGGGGCAGAAUUUGUAAGGUGUAGCCAGAAGGGUUUCUUGAAAUAGGAUAUAGGUAGUCCAACUUGGGAAGGGGCCAUACUAGACAUUCUACUGGGGAAUGAGCCAAGCCAAGUGAUUGAAGUUUCAGUGUGGGAGAAUUUUGAGAAGAGCUGAAAAUGUGUUGCUGGUUAAAG